AGCCCAGCACACCCAUGAUCCAGCAGGCAGCUGAUGGAAGAUCCGGUUCCCAACUUGCCCACCAUGGUCUCCAGGCUGCCCAAGUUUGGCUCGCGCCCCACGGCUGUGGCUGCCACCGCCCCACUGACCAAUGGGACCCGCCACCACCCUGCCUCCAGCACCACGGGCAAAGGGUUACCCACUGCCACCACCAGGCAGAACGGAACAAUCCGGAUGUCCUCCUCCUUCUCUCUGAAGUGGAAGAAGGGAAAGGGGGAUCCUGUGGAGAGGGGGGGGGACUCAUGGGAGGAGGACAGAACUGGAGCUGAGCAUCAACCCCGACAACCACAGCACUUACCAAUGGUGGUACGGGAGAUUAAGAAGCCGUCUAGCAUGACUAUACGCUCCAGAACUGGGUCUCGCGGGGCUGUCCCCAAACAGGCCUUGUCUGGACAGAGUCUCGGCAAUGGCAAAGCGGGUCUCAAAGGCCAGGCGGGUGGUGGUGGGCGGUCUGGGACCGGUUCAGUCAGGCGGGGCCAAAGCCGUGGUUCUCCCCACAGCAACCUGACCAGCAGCCUGUCCCAGUCCAGCGACAGCCUGGAGACGGCCACAGAGGAGAACAUGGUGCGGUCCCAGAGCCUCACCCACGUCAAGAGGAUCCCCUCCUCCACAGAGCCACCCAUCAUCCGCUCCUACUCCUUCAACAGGUCCUCGGAGCUGGCCAAGAAGCUGCCCAGGCCUCUAGCCAAGGCCCCGCUGGUCAAGACAUCUCCCCUGGCCAGACCAACCCCUGUGCUGAGUAGUGGGGGGAGAGGAAAAGGCCUACAUCUUAGUAAGUGUGGACCUAGACCAGUGCCAGGCAGGGCUGGGUUGGAAACAACUAGCUGCAUCUUGCCACCCAUCACACUGAAGAAGUCCUUACUACCUAGUUCAGCCUCCUCCACCACCAAGUCUUCGGCCCUCAGCUACAGGCUUACACGACCCUCUCUCAUCAAGCAGCCUUACCUUGUCCUGGCCCCCACCUCCCAGAAGGUCCAUGGCAACAGAAAGAAAAGCGAGGGGAGGAGGAACUCUGUGGAGAUGCCCGCUGUCACCCCAGACCUGACCAGCAUCACUGACAGCCCAGGGAGUACCCCAGAGGGCCUGCUAGAGGAGCCUGUGGCCCCCAGUGGUGUCCAUCCCCUAGGAGAAGGCCUGGAGGACAUGUCACUCUCCUCCACCUCCUCCCUGGAGCUCAACGACACCAGCGAGGAGUACAUGGACGAUUUUGACAACCUGGGAAAUGGAGGAGACGGCAUUCUGCUGCUCCCGGCCCAGGACGGAAGGCUCGAUCAAUCACAGCCUGACUUGGAUGAUGACAACGCAGACGUCAACCGACGGCACGGUGGAACCUCCAUGACUGGCCUUCACAGCUUCCUGUCUGACAGUGUGGACUGGGCCAGGAUGGGACUCACUGGGGGGUUGUCUCGGCGUACUAGCCAGGCCCUGUCUGGGGGUGCAGAUUACCCCCUUGGCUCAUCUCUGGACCUGUCCCCCUCAGACUCUGGCUCAGGGGGGACCUACAUGUGGGACGAGGAGGGUCUGGAGGCCCUUGGGACCAUCACACACCCCUGUGGGAGUUACGACUCAGACCUCAACAGCAUGGACAUACUCAACAACCUGGACAACCUGGAGUCUGGGUGUGACCUGGAUGACGAUGACCUCAUGCUGGACGAUGACCUCCCUGCGCAUGGCUCCUUGCACAGUGAUACUGAUGGGAUGUCCCAUCUGACCCACUGGAGAAGACAGCUCUGUUGGAAUGCAGAGGAUCACCUCGACAAUGACAACUGUAGUGACGUUGGGUUCCAGCCGUAUGAUGGGUACCAGGGCACAGGCUUGUCAGGUCUUCAUCAGGCUGUGGAGCUGGACGAGCUGACUCUGAAACACAUGGCGGAGGACUGCACCUCUGUCAAGACCCAGCUAGAACACCUGAAGCUACUGCUGCAGGUGGAGGUUGGUAGUGAGAUGGACAACACUCUGGGUACAUUGAGUCCAGAAUCCAGAGAGGACCCCAUUCGAGCUCGACAGGUGGAGGAGCUGUUGAAGGAGGUGCAGGAGCUGAGAGAGGAGCUGAGAAGUAAAGAUAGGAUCAUUGCUCAGCUCACCAAGCAUGUGGCUGUUCCUGUCGAGCCCACGAGAUGCCACUGCCAGCAGCACAGGGAUGUGGAAAGUGUGACGGUGACCUACCAUGACAAGGCCACACAGACUCCACCGUGGAGGGGACAUGCUCCUCAAAUACUACAGCCUUCCAGGCCAUGGCCCAACAGCGUGCAGCAACCUCAACCCCAGGAAAGACUAACAAGCUCAGCCCACACCGAGGCCCCCCGAGAUUCCUCCAACCCAGGCUGUGGGGACCCGGCCAAAAUGAUUCCUGCCCCUAGCCUCCCGCAGUCCCCCGGCUCUCUGAAAACAGCCUCCAUCCCUAAAAGGCCACAGGAAGGCCCCAUAACCAACUCCACCCAGACGUCCAUGGCAGGCUUCCCCAGGGUGGUGAGAGGAAUCCAGUUUAGGAGCAGUCUCAGGCCAGGCUUCACAACUCCACAGUCCAGGCUGCUCCCACCUCCCUUCAGAGGUCUGCCCUGCUACAGCUCCACGAACCAGGCCUCUGCCUCCUCCCAGGGCCCGGCACUGCCGGCCUGCCCCCGGACCAAAGCACCCAGACAGACUCCAGGACUCAGAGAACCAGAGAUUGGCGGGCUCAAGGCCAGAGGUCUAGUCCAUCCCAGCCUCUUUCGACUUCCCAAGCCAAAGAGCCACUGACUGCUAUCUCUCAACUCUCAAACAUUGCCAUGUAGCAAGACCACUCAGCACCACCUUCUACCCAUUCAAACCCAAAAGAUCUAACUUCUUCUAAAGGCUUCCAGGUCUCACCUCAGCAAGGUUACCGUGUCUACCCUGUAAGAAUGGAAGACUUGUAGAUUAUAUCCGAAAUAACAAACUAGGUGGUUCAAGCCCUGAAUGCUGAUUAGCUGACAGCCGUGGUAUAUCAGACCGUAUACUACGGGUAUGACAAAACAUUUGUUUUUACUGUUCUAAUUACUUUGGUAACCAGUUUAUAACCGCAAUAAGGCACCUCCGGGGUUUGUGGUCUAUUUCCAAUAUACCAGGGCUAAGGGCUGUGUGCAGGCACCCCGUGUUGCAUCGUGCUUAAGAACAGCCCUUAGCCGUGGUAUGUUGGCCAUAUACCACACCUCCUCGGGCCUUAUUGCGUAAAUAAAUAUAUGACCCCACAGACUAUUUUAGCUAGCCUGCUGCACUUCCAGUAAGACGCACUCAAGGUCUGAAAUAAAAUUGACCCGUGUACAUUUGGUAUCUGCCUUAUACAAAGGCGUCAAGCAUAACACAAUAAUUGUUUUUCCCCUCCAAAAGCACGCUUCAGUACAAUCUAUCAAAUCAAAUUGUAGACCUUACCGUGAAAUGCUUACUUACAAGCCCUGUACAGAGUGCAGUCUAGAUCAGUUAAAUGCACAUAUUGUUUGUGUGAAAUGUUGUUUCAAAGUGUGAACUUUCAGGAUGCUUGACACUUUUACAGUCCCUCCAGAACUUUUACUCUCUGGCCAAAACGUGUCCCAGAUGAUGGUUCCUCAUGUGUACGUACACCACAACAUGUCCCAGAUGAUGGUUCCUCAUGUGUACGUACACCACAACAUGUCCCAGAUGAUGGUUCCUCAUGUGUACGUACACCACAACAUGUCCCAGAUGAUGGUUCCUCAUGUGUACGUACACCACAACAUAUCCCAGAUGAUGGUUCCUCAUGUGUACGUACACCACAACAUAUCCCAG